CUAGCGGAUCUGCUGUACGAAGGCCGCUACCACGCGAGGGUCGUCGAGGAUGUGCGGGUAGCGAGGGAGUUCGCGGGUGCGGAGGCGGGGUGGGGUGGGCUCGGAAGCGUGCAGGGGGAGGACGAAGCGGGUGCGGUAGGGGUGCGCUCGGAUGCGACGGAUGAGGGCGCUAACAGCUCGUUGGCGCUGUGCUUCGUAAGCGCAAAUGUCGUCGAGGUCGCUGGUCAGAUCACUCAAGUGUCGGCGCGCGGCCAU